ACAGAGAGAGACCGCGAGAGGGGCCCAGCAGAAAGCAAAGAUAGAGAAGAGAGUGUGUGAAAAGAAAGAGACAGAAGAGAUUGGGCUCUAAAGCAGCCAUUUCUUAAGAGCAUGGGUAAGAGCAGAUGUUUUACACAGUGGCCGUUGCCCUCAUUUCCUGGGCGGAGAAACACUUAACAGAAGUUACAGGAACAAGGAAAGCUAGGGAGAGAGUUAGAGAGUGAGAGAGAGAGAGAGAGAGAGAGAGAGAGAGGAGGGGGGGAGAGAGGAACACAUCAUUUUGUAACCAAACUCUAGCCAGUGCUGGUGAGAAGACAGAACUAGAGAGAGAGAGAGCAAGGAAGAAUAGAGUCAAAAUAGGGGGAGUUCUAACCCCCUCAAUCGAGUGAAGAAAGGGAACCACUUUUACACCUAACGAGAAGCAGCGGAGGUGAGCGAGGGGGGGGAGAGAGAGGAUACAUAAAGAACGGCUGAGAUAAACGGACAGACCAGAAAGAGGAGAGGAGAGAGACUGCAAUCCGAUCCCUGACGCUGUUGGUGAAGUGAGAGGGUUUGCAACUCGUGUUCCAGCUACUGCCGCCACUGUUCGUGUCGAACCAGGCUUCCCUCAGCAACGCUCAAACUCACCCUCAUCUGGUCUGUUUGUUCCUUUACCCUUUUUUCCAUUUGUUCAGGAGAGGGGAUACGUUUCCACUCUCAACCCGAACUGCCACAGACGUGGAUCAACUGGAGGCUGGUGUUCGUAGGCUGUGUCAGUGCCUCUGUGUUUCUGUGUAAGACUGGGAAAAGCAGGGUGGUCUGUGAGUCAUUCACUAGAACGAGAAGUGCUCUGCAAGCCCAGCCGUUCUAAGAGGUAGUUCAUUCAGGUUAGUUCAGGGAACCACACCAGCUGUCUCUCCAUAUCCCUGCAGCAGUUGACAUUUCAGCCGGAGUUGGUUUCAAAUAGUUUUUUUUUAACAUAGGUUUUCAUUGUCAGUAUGUUGUCUGUAUGCUGCGACCUGUUUGCAUGUGCUUUAAUGUUUUUGUCGGUGAGUGGAAACGGCGACGUCUGACUGCCGUGUUGCUGUGCUCUGAGAAUACCUUGUGGCGCAACCAGCCAGAGUCAUUUCACAGCAAUCUGAUUAACUCUACCGGGAACUCUAUCUGCCGACCACGGAAAGCUAGGGGUCACUUGGUCGAGUGUCAGAGGGGUACAUAGCCGGACCUCGUUUUCUUCUUGACAGGAACAAGACGUCUAAGUCGUUAGUGUUGUUUAGCUCGCAGAUCCGGGUCAGGUUUUCAUAAACUUAGUGAGACCAAACCAGGUGUAAAGAAGUGGCAGGAGACAGCCAAGGGGAAGCCCUGGUUGUCUGUGUCGUCCUGUCAGUUAUCCAGUCAUUCAGUCAAUUAGUCGGUAAGUCAGACGGUCACUGGGUAGUUAAUCAGUCGUUCAGUCGGUCGGUGCAUGCUGCUAACUAUCUCUCUGUGGAUUUAAUAUAAUUCUGUCAGUUGUUGUCUCUGAGGGCUUAGAGUAGUGUAGCUUAAAGUAGCGCGAGCUAUGCAUAUAGAUAUAUAGGACGAAUAAAGUCAUACUGAGGUGUAUCAACAUAGUCUUCCUGGGACAGCUGCCCACUACCUCUUCCGUUGUUGUUGCAGUGUGUAGUGACCGAGUCAAGUCCCUAGGAGGCGCUGUGCUUUUGACGUGCGUGCCCACUGUGCUUUGUCGCUGUAUGCCUGUCAUUCUGUUUGCCACUCCCCCCCGACACUAAACCUUGCUGCGUGAGAGUCUACUGUCUGUCUGUCUGUCUGUCUGUCUGUUGGGGAUCUCCCCACCUGGCUCAGAGGGGACGCCGGUGAUUUCCACACCAGCGUGAUCGUUGGCUACACUGGCAGCAGCAGAAGUGUGCCGCGUCAGACAGAGUCCACAGGAGAGAGAGAGGGACUAAGCCCGAGAAAAAUUAGUAUUAAAAGGACGACGCAGAAAGGUGCUGCCAAACAGAUUGACCAACGGAGGGACAAACCGGUAGCAGCAUGAGGCCGUUGUGUUUAGCCCUGGUGUGUCUGGCAGCGCUGUGUCUGGUUGCCGGGACAGCGAGUGGCAUGUCCACCUGUAAGACUGUGGACCUCGAGCAGGUCAAGAGGAAACGUAUCGAGGCCAUCAGGGGACAGAUCCUGUCCAAGCUCCGGAUGCCCAAGGAGCCAGAGGAGGAGCAGUCGGGGGAGGGGAAGGAGAUCCCCUCAGAACUCCUCUCUCUCUACAACAGCACGGUGGAGCUCGGUGAAGAGCAGAAGGAGCAGGCUCAACUCAGCCUACAGGAGAAGGAGGAGGACUACUUCGCUAAAGUGGUCCACCAGUUCACCAUGAGCGCAGAUAAAAAUGUCACAGAACAUCAGAUGCUGUUCAACCUAAAUGAGAUGAGGUCCAACAUUGGGGAUUACCAUCUGUUGUCCACUGCUGAACUCCGCCUGCUCAUCAAGAACCCUUCAAUUGACCCAGGCUCAGAGCAGCGUCUGGAGCUCUACAGAGGGUUCGGUGACAGCAAACGAUACUUGGGAUCACGCUUCAUCACCAACGAGUUGAACAACCGGUGGCUGUCCUUUGACGUCACAUCCACCCUGAAGGAAUGGCUGAAGGGGAAUGAGGACGAGCAGGGCUUUGAGUUGCAGUUGUACUGUGAGUGUGGAAAACCUAUGGAAAAGUUCCACUUCAAAAUAGCUGGGUUGGAAAACAAUGUGCGAGGCGACACAGCUAAAAUGGCUAGGAACAUGAGGAAGCCUCACAUUCUGACCAUGUCCGUCCCCCAGAACUACAGCUCCCAGCUCACAUCCUCGCGCAAAAAGCGGGCCACCACUACAGAUGAUGCCUGCACAGAUAAAACCGAGACCUGUUGUGUGAGAAAGCUCUACAUUGACUUCCGGAAAGAUCUGGGCUGGAAGUGGAUCCACAAGCCAAAGGGUUACCAUGCCAAUUACUGCAUGGGUUCAUGCACCUACAUCUGGAACGCUGAAAACAAAUACUCUCAGAUCCUGGCCCUGUAUAAGCACCACAACCCUGGAGCAUCUGCCCAGCCCUGCUGUGUACCCCAGGCCCUAGACCCUCUGCCAAUCCUUUACUACGUUGGAAGACAACACAAGGUGGAACAGUUGUCCAAUAUGAUCGUAAAGAACUGUGAUUGCAGCUAGAAGACAGAUGUUUUCCGUACCCUUUUGCUUCACACACAGCCAUACGGACAUACAGAGGAAGGAUGGAUGGAUGAGAGGAAGAAGAGGAGAAGAGAGAAGGUGUGCAACAAGUAAUGAGGAGAAGUCGGCUCAGGACAGAAGCAGCUUCUCUAUUGGAAUAACACCAAGACUUUCAGCUUUUACAUACACUUCAUAUAUUGGACGAAUAUAUAUGCUUUCUUCCGAUUACACAUAUUUCAAAGAGUAAAUGUAUUUAUUUGAUACAUAAAGCUGUAUAUUGUGCUUUGGAGACAUACAUGGGUAGUGGAUUGUUGGAAUGGGAUGGAUGCAGAUGGUGGGAGUGUUCAGUAAAAACAUGAUUGUCCCCAAGACCGAACAGAGUGGAAUGGAACCGUUUGCGCUGUGGAACUAACUCUCAUUGGGGACUGAAGGAUGGAAUCAGGACUUCCUUUUACCAAAUGUGCCUUUCAGGAACUCAUAUGUGCUGGGCAAUGGUAUGAGGGCAUCAGAUGUUUACACAAAAGCCAAAGGACCUUGUUUAUGUGGGAGACUCAUUCGGCGAGGUGGGUGGCAGACGGUCAGUGGUCUUCCUGGCUUCAGAGACUGUUACUGGUUGGUUGAUGGUCUUCCUGGCUUCAGAGAUUAUCGCCGGUUUGAUUACAAGCUCAACUGGCUGAAGAACCUGUUACUAGUUUGUCAGAGGCCUCCUCUGGCUAAAGAAACUUUUAACUGUUUGUCAAUGGGCACUGGCAAAGAAAAGCUGUUUCUAUUGGCUGUUUCCCAAGCUAGUAGCUCAUUGGCCUUUAUGCCUUAUCUGAAACGUCCAUCACUUCCACCUGUUUACUGAGCUGUAUUACUGCUCCUAUGGUGUUCUGUUAUUUUCACCCCGUCUGUCUGGUGUAAUUCAUAUUCUAUGUCCUAUGUUGUUCAUCUGUCUGCCCUGCUCUGUGUGUGUGUGUGUGUGUGUGUGUGUGUGUCAGAAUGAUGAGUAACAUUAGUGUUAUGUUAGUGGUGACUGCGUGUUGUUGGUCUGCCCUGCUUCAGAACAUGCUUGUUGUUUUAAAGAGAGAGGGGAUGUGAGGGUGG